CUCAAAAUCGAGCGAGAGAGAGAGAGAGAGAGAUGAUGGAGGGAGGGGAGGGAGACGCGGCGGCGCCGCCGCGCUACGCCCUGAACCCGUCGCGGAUCAGCAGCGAGGACAUACUCUUCUGCGUCGACGUCGACGCCGAGUGCCUGGCGGAGAUGAAGGUGACGGGCCCCAACGGCCGCCCCUUCACCCGGCUCGACACUGUCAAGCAGUCCCUCCUCCUCUUCGUCCACUCCAAGCUCGCCAUCAACCCCGACCACCGCUUCGCCUUCGCCACCCUCUCCAAGUCCGCUUCCUGGCUCCGUAAGGAGUUCAGCAGUGAUGUAGAGUCUGCAGCUGCUGCAGUUCGGAGUCUUCAAGCUACCUCAGCUAGUGGUCAUGCAGAUUUAACACAGCUAUUCCGAAUCGCGGCUCAUGAAGCAAAGAAAUCUCGUGCACAAAACAGAAUUUUCAGGGUGAUUCUCAUAUACUGCAGAUCAUCCAUACAGCCUCAGCACCAAUGGCCAGUUAACCAAAAGCUCUUCACUCUGGAUGUCAUCUACCUCCACGACAAGCCCGGACCAGAUAAUUGCCCGCAGCAGGUCUAUGAUGCCCUCGUCGAUGCGCUCGAACAUGUGAGCGAAUAUGAAGGGCACAUCCACGAGAGUGGUCAAGGCCUGACACGCAUCCUCUUUCGUCACAUGUGCAUGCUAUUGUCGCACCCUCAACAGCGAUGUCCUCAAGACUUCCUCGACAUUCCCAAGUCCCUCGUGAAGAAGUCACCUGCUCCCGACUCCGCACCUGCUGAAGAGAGCGCGAUUGUACCUAUCCAAAGAGAGUAAAAGCCCGUUUGAGUGCUUUGCAAUCGUUUAGCUUUUGCAAUGUGUUGGAGAAGCUUUUAUCUGCUGUCGGUCUUUCUGGAAGAGAAUCUGCAGCCGCAAUCUGCUCGAUGACCUUCAGCUGAGCUCCGAUGUUAUCCCGACAAGUCGCCCCUCAUGAAGUUCUGUAUAUUUACGUUACAAGAGCAGUAAACUUCAAUUGCAAUGUCCUGAAUCAUGUAUAGUCGUGGGUCGGAUCGCAUCUCGGACGUUCAGUGUUCUUUGCAGGUUGCAUUUGGUUAAACCCAUCAACUGAAUGUCUAGUGUCUCCAUGAUAUGUUAUUUACAGCCCCAUAUGGACUAUGCAAGCUCCAAA